AUGCUUUCCUUCAUCGCUCCCGUGCUGCUUGCAGCCAGCGCUCUUGUCUCUGCGCAGAACUACUCUGGCCCUGGCGACUACGGCCAGUCGCCCUACCCGGCCUUCUCGGGCUCGCAGUUCACAAAGUACAAUCUGUCGGCCGAUGGCAUUCGAGCGUCGUUCAUCCCGUACGGUGCUCGUCUCACCAAUCUCUACGUAAAGGACAAGAAUGGCGCCUGGCAAGACAUUGUCGUGGGGUACGACACUGGUAUUCAGUAUCUCCAUGAUUCGGAGACGAAUCACACGUAUUUCGGCGCUGUUGUCGGCCGCUAUGCGAACAGAAUCAAGAACGGCACCUUCACCAUCAACGGCCAGACGUCUCACAUCCCCACGAACGAGCAUGGCGGCGAGGAUACUCUUCACGGCGGUUUCAUCGGCUACGACCAGCGCAACUGGACCAUUGUCUCCCUCACGGGCAACAGCAUUACCUUCUCCUUCUACGACGCGGCGUACCAGGGCUUCCCGGGCGACGUCAUGAACCUCGCAACCUACACGCUCACCGACGACGCCUCCUUCAUCAGCAGACUGGUCUCCUUCGCCGUCAACGAGCCCACGCCCAUCAUGCUGGCCAACCACAUCUACUGGAACCUCGGCGCCUUUGUCAACGAGGACACGCAGUACAUCCUCAACGACACGCUCUACAUGCCGUACGCCGACCGCUACAUCGACAUUGACGGCAUCGAAGUGCCCACCGGCGGCAUCUCCGUCGCCAACGGCACCGCCCUCGACUUUACGACGCCCGGCAUCGCCGUCGGCAAGAACAUCGCCAACACCGUCAACGGCUGCGGCACCGGCUGCACUGGCAUUGAUAAUGCAUUCAUCCUCGACCGCCCGCGCUACAGCGCGCUCGAAGACCCGGGCGUGGAGGUGCUGCAGAUGUGGAGCCCGACGACCGGUAUCCAGCUGAGCCUCGAGACGAACCAGCAGGGUCUGCAGAUCUACACGUGCAACGGGCAGAACGGCACGAUCCCGUUGAAGAGCGACCAGCAGCACCUCGGCAACCAGACGGCGUACGUGCAGAAGUACGGAUGCCUCGUCAUCGAGACCCAAGACUGGAUCGAUGGUAUCAACCAGCCAGAAUGGGGCCGCCAGCAGUGGCAGAUCUACACCCCGACUACUGAGCCCGCCAUCAACUACCAGAAGUACACCUUCUCGAUCUCGGAUGGCCCGAGCGGUUACACUGGCGGUUCGUCUGGCCCAUCCAACUCGACCUGGAGAAAGUAG